CCUCGAUUAAAUACUGCAGAAAUGCAAAAUCAGCAUGAGGAAAUCGCUGAGUAUCAAAGAAAAGAGCUUCGUCUAUCUGACUGCGUCCUCUACGGACAGAGCCUUUCAGUGCUUUUGCAACGUCAAGACAAUGCUAGAAGGGAGUUGGGAGCCUCACUGCGCCUCUUGACGCCUCAACAUACACUUGCAAUUGUGAUUGUGGACGAUGUGGAGGGGAGGGAGAGAAGCGGCAUGGAUCUCUUCGUGGAGUACGCAAAGAAACUCGGCUUCGGCACUGAGGCGCCUCUGACUACAGCACCGAUGAAUUGGCGAAUUUGGCACGUAAAAGAUGGUAGUCUUCACCCUACGGACCGCAGAGACAUAUUCGAGUGGCUGUGCCAAGAUGUGAUUUGGAGGAGAAUGCAAGAAUCUAUUGUCUGA